AUGGACUAUCACCCUUCUCGAGCUCCAGAUCGCCUAGGUUUUGGGGGUGCACGGGGAAGCCCGGUGAGUUACACUCCCCUCAAUGCUAGUCGAGCAGAGAUUCUCCUGGCGUUGGAGGAUAAGAAUUAUUUGCAACGUCCUCCCCCGUUGAAGUCUCCACCUAACACUCGAGACAAAAAGAAGUAUUGUUACUUCCAUCGCAACCAUGACCAUGAGACAGAGGAUUGCAUCCAAUUGAAAGAAGAGAUACAUGAGCUUAUCAACCGGGGUUACCUCCAGGAUUUCGUUGGUCGUGGAGGAACAGUUCCAGGGCCUCACUCAACUGCUUCCAAGAGCGUGGUAAAGGAGAAUGUGGUCAUCACAUUCUCCGAAGAGGAUCUUCGAAGCUACCCCAACUAUUCAGAUCCGUUGGUGAUCAUUGCUCAGGUAGGAGAGUGGGAGAUGAGGCGAAUCCUUGUGGACCCAGGUAGCUCUUCGGAGAUUCUCUACAAGAGGGCAUUCCUAGGGAUGGGGUUCAUUCUCGAUCAGCUGAGGCCGGUCCGUGUCCCCUUGGUGGGUUUUGAUGGAGUGGUGAUUCAUUCCAAGGGGUUGAUCUGGCUGCCUCUGACGGUCGGUAGUGGCUCUCAUAAAUCCCAGGUGACGUUGGAUUUCUUGGUUGCUGAUGUACCCUCGACGUACAAUAUGAUCCUUGGUAGGUCUGGGCUUAGUGCUCUGAGGGCGGUACAGAGCAAGUAUCACGUGGUGUUGAAAUUCCCUACUCUAUGA